AAUCGUUGGGAUUUCCGGAUAAUUUGCAUACGUUUGUGCAUCACAUAAAUUCAUCAGAAGGCUUCCCUUAAAAAAAGGUGGGAAUAAUAAAAUCCGUCACGGAAACGUAUAAUUUGCAGAUUAAUUCUCGGAUGCGACAAACGUUUUCGUCUGCACUUCGCUAUAAGAUAAUAUUUCAAGGUCAUACGAUCGAGCAACCUCAACAUGGCGGACUCUCACAGUUCGCAUCCACCCUAUCAAACUGGUUUUGUUCCUCCGACAGCAGGACCCCCUGGCGGGGGAUCUGGCAUAAAUACCGCGCCUAACCAACCAGGACCACCAGGUUCUACAUCACCCAGACAGGCAGGUGGUUACAAUGUGCCGCCAAAUGCAAUGUAUCAAGGACCCCCAUCAUCUGCUGGAAUGUCUUAUUCUGGGCAAGGGCAAGGUCAAUAUGGUAUGAUGGGACCACCUCCACCUUCUGCAAUGCAACAUAACCAAGUGAGGUAUCAGUCACCAACUAACCAGGGCCCACCUCAAGGAUAUGAACAGUCAACCCCAACUGGAAACAUUGGAAAAUUACCAGGAUCAGGUCCUGUACCUGCAAUUUCCCAGCCAUACAGUUCUGCAGCCCAGCCUAGCCCAAAUGCCUCCCAAACACAGAUACCCCCAGUGUCCUACACAUCAGCUCCCCCAAGCUCACAAGUUCCGAACUCCCAGAAUUUACCUCCUCGACCACCUAUUGCUAGGGUUACUGGGCCUGGGGGAGCGCCUCCACCUCUACCAGGCCAGCAAUACCAACCAUACAAACCAGGUAUGGCACCACCUCCCACAAAUCAACUAAUCAGACAGAAACAACCAGCAACAACUUCUGGGCCCAUGUCCGGGUCAUCUUCAUCGUCCGGUUUUGAAUUACCACUUCCAUUUCAGUGCACACUAACUGCUCCCAGUCCUUCACACAGCAAUGUUCCUUCUCCAUCUGGAUCAGGUCCUCCAUCAGCUAGAUCGUCGGCUGCUCCAUCUCCCGUACCAAGCGGUCGAUAUGACGCACUUGAAGGAGGAACUCCAUAUCAACCUGGUUACGCUACUCCACCAAGAUCUGGUCCUCCUAGUAGGCAGUCUUCAGUAGGCCCACCUAGCAGUCCUCAAGUUGGCCCUCCUACUGGGCAACCACCAAUGAUGCCAAAUCAACCAAGUGGGCCUGGACAACAUACAAGACCCCCUAGCUCCCAACCAAUGACACCACCAGUACCUCAGACAGGAUAUGCUAGUGGGCCGCCAACUGGACCAUCUCCUGGAGGAAGGCCACCAGUGACAGUACCAGGACCUCCUAUGGCUGGGGCACCACCAACAUCCAUGUUAGCACCUGGUCCUCCAAUGGCUGGUGCGCCACCAUCAUCUAUGUCGGCCCCAGGUCCUCCAAUGGCUAGUCAACCUCCAUCGUCCAUGCCUGUACCAGGUCCUCCAAUGGCUGGUCAACCGCCAUCAUCCAUGUCAGUACCCGGUCCACCAAUUGGAAGAGGAACACCCAUGUCAACACCAGGACCACCCCCAGUUAUGGCGCCACCAAUGUAUGCCCCUCCAAUUGGCGGAGGACAGAAUUUCGCAGGACAGGGUCCCCCAAUGAAUGCUGGACCACCAACAUCCAUGUCAAGUCCACCAACUCAAGAUAUGUCUGGCCGAGAAAGUGGCUUUCCAGGACGGAGGGCAUAUCCACAGUAUCCAACACAACCAAGUCAAAUGAGUGGACAGCCGCCACUGAUGGAUGGACAGCCUGCAAUGAAUGAUAUGUAUAAUCAACCUAGACAACAAAUGCCACCAACAGGUAGUGGACCUUUAACAAAUGCACAGCCUUUCAAUCAGCAAGCCCCAAACCAAUAUCCAAAUAAUUUAUCUAGCAGUAUGGGCAAACUAAAUAUUCAACAAGGCGACACAAGGCCUAUCAAUUUAUUGCAAAAUAGGCAUAUUUUACCAACCACUUUAGUAGAAGCCCCCAAACCUAAUCUUAGUCCAGAAUUAAAGAAAUUGUGCUGUAAUCCCGACAUAUUUCGUUGUACAUUAUCAUCAAUACCACAAACCCAACAGUUAUUAAAUAAAUCAAAAUUACCAUUAGGAGUUUUAAUUCAUCCAUUUAAAGACUUAACACAUUUACCAGUAAUACAGUCAAGUGUAAUCGUGAGGUGUAGAUCAUGUCGAACGUAUAUUAAUCCAUUCGUCAGCUUUGUAGACCACAGAAGAUGGAAGUGUAAUCUUUGUUAUAGGAUAAACGAUUUACCUGAAGAGUUCAACUUUGACCCGGUUACACGGACAUAUGGUGAACCACAGAGAAGGCCAGAAAUCAAAUCAGCAACAAUUGAAUUUAUAGCACCAUCAGAAUACAUGCUUCGGCCUCCGCAACCAGCUGUAUAUCUUUUUAUGUUUGAUGUGUCGUUUAAUGCGGUAGAGUCAGGUUAUUUGUCAGUGGCAAGUCAAGUGCUAUUAGAGGAAUUAGACAAGCUGCCUGGCGAUGCACGUACCAUGAUAGGUUUUAUUACGUAUGAUAGUACAUUACAUUUCUAUAACUUGCAAGAAGGGCUUUCAAGGCCAUCAAUGAUGGUAGUUUCUGACAUUGAAGAUAUUUUCUUACCAUGUCCGAAUGAUUUAAUUGUUAACCUUCAAGAAAGCAAAGAGUUAGUUCAGGAGUUAUUAAAUCAGUUACCAACCAUGUUUCAAGGCAAUAAAGAAACUCAGAGUGCAUUGGGUCCAGCGCUUCAGGCGGCACAUAAACUCAUGUCACCUGUUGGCGGCAGAGUUACAGUCUUCCAGACUUGUUUACCAUCAGUUGGACCUGGGACUCUGCAAGCGAGAGAAGAUUUGGGUCAAAGGGGUAACUCCAAGGAUAUACCGAAUCUUGGUCCAGCAACUGAUUUCUACAAAAAGAUGUCUCUAGACUGUUCUGCCCAACAGAUUGCGGUGGAUCUUUUCAUAUUUGCUAAUAGUUAUAUAGAUGUUGCCUCCCUUUCAUGUGUUUCCAAGUAUUCUGGAGGUAGUGUGUCAUAUUACCCAGCAUUCCAUAUGGUGAGGACACCGGCUGAAGUUGAACGUUUUGAGAAUGAUUUUAAACGAUAUAUUACAAGAAAGAUCGGCUUUGAAGCUGUCAUGAGAAUAAGAUGUACUAAAGGUCUUAGUAUACAUACAUUCCAUGGUAAUUUCUUUGUACGAUCAACUGAUUUAUUAUCGCUACCGAAUAUCAAUCCUGAUGCAGGAUUUGCUAUGCAAGUAUCCAUAGAGGACCCGUUAAAUGAUUCCCCUCUCGCUUGUUUUCAAGCAGCUUUACUUUAUACAAGUAGCAAAGGUGAGCGGCGGAUUCGAGUGCAUACGAUGUGUUUACCAGUUACAAAUCAAAUAACUGAAGUCUAUGCGGGAGCUGAUCAACAAGGUAUAAUUGGUUUACUUGGAAAGAUGGCCGUUGAUAGGACAUUGACUGCAUCCAUUGUGGAUGCCAGAGAUGCAUUGGUUAAUGUUUGCAUCGAUUCAAUGACUUGUUUCAAAGGAACACUAACUACUGGGCAGACAAUUGGAACUCUGAUGUGUCCAUACUCAUUGAGACUUUUGUCGCUUUAUGUACUAGCAUUGUUAAAAAGUUCAUCUUUCAAGCUUGGUAGCUCAGUACGACUUGAUGAACGUGUUUAUGCAAUGGACAUGUUCAAGUACCAACCACUGAUGUAUGGAAUGCUGUUACUGCAUCCAAAUCUUUAUGCUGUUCAUGAACUCAAUGAUCAGGGUGCAAUUUCCCAUGACGAUCAAACCAUUUGCCAGCCUCCAAUUUUGUCGCUAUCGUCUGAACAUCUGUAUAAAAAUGGUGCAUAUUUAAUGGAUAGAAGCGAUGCUUUGUAUUUAUACGUUAUGAGGGAUGUGUCGCAGGAGUUUCUUAACUCUGUACUAGACGUGCCUGAUUUCCAGUCGAUACCAGAACCAAUGGUUCAUUUCAUCUAA